UUUGUUUGUGAGAGGAAGAGGCCGGUUGGAUGUUGGGCGGGGUCUGAGGAGAGAGGGAGAGAGAGAGGGAAGCGGAGAAAACCGAAAAACCUCCCGAUCCUCCUCCUGCUGCUCCUGCUGCACACAGACAAAAGGACACCGGGACGACACACACGCACAGACUCGCACCCACACACACAGACGGCCAGAGCGCGGCACAGACGGACGGACACCCGGGAGGAUGGGCCGGCGGAGCGGUCGUCGGUAGCGCUCUGAUUUCGGGGACGGAGCUCCAGGAUGAGCGUAGCGCUGCAGGACCUCCGGAACACCAUGUCCAGCUAUAAGCGAGCAACCCUGGAGGAGGAGGAGGUGUCCGACGUGCCGGCUGAGGCGGCCUCGUCUCCUGACAGAGUGGAGGUGGGCUUCAGGAAGGGUGGUGUGGACAUCCUGGGGAGGAGGACUCAGCUGGAGGUCCUGCUCUCAGUCCUGCUGCUGGCCGCCCUCCUGGCUCUACUGGCCUGCCUGGUGGUCCUGGGACUCGGCUUCAGCUCAGACAGUGGGCGUGGCCUGUGCCUGUCGGAGGCCUGUGUCACUGUGGCCAGUCAGAUCGUGGAGGCGAUGGACCGCAGCGCCGACCCCUGCCAGGACUUCUACCAGUUUGCCUGCGGAGGCUGGAUGAGGAAGAACCCACUGCCUGACGGACGCUCGCGCUGGUCCACCUUCAACAGCAUCUGGGAGCAGAACCAGGCGCUGCUCAAACACCUGCUGGAGAACGGGACGUUUAACGGCAGCAGCGAAGCAGAGAGGAAGACUCAGUCCUACUACCUGUCCUGCCUCAACACCCAGAGGAUCGAAGAGCUCGGAGCUCAGCCUCUCAUAGACCUCAUCACCAAGAUUGGAGGCUGGAACAUGACGGGCCCCUGGGACAAAGACAACUUCAUGGAUGUUCUGAAGGUGGUCUCCGGUCCGUACCGAGGUCAGCCGUUCUUCAGCGUCGGAGUCAGCGCCGAUCCCAAAAACUCCAACAGCAACGUCAUUCAGGUGGACCAAUCAGGGCUCUUUCUGCCAUCCAGGGACUAUUACCUUAACAAGACGGCCAAUGAGAAGGUGUUGGUGGCGUACCUGGACUACAUGGUGGAGCUGGGGAUGCUGCUGGGGGGCGAGAGGAGCUCCACUCAGGCUCAGAUGCAGCAGAUUAUGGACUUUGAGACAGGGCUUGCCAACAUCACCGUCCCACAGGACCAGCGGCGAGACGAAGAGAAGAUCUACCACAAGGUCACCAUCGCGGAGCUGCAGCUGCUGGCUCCAGCCAUCGACUGGUUGGACUACCUGUCGUCCUCUCUGUCUCCUCUGGAGCUAAACGACACCGAACCUGUCGUCCUGUAUGCCAAAGAGUACCUGCAGCAGGUGUCGGAGCUCAUCAACAAGACAGACCGCAGUCUGCUGAACAACUACAUGAUGUGGACAUUGGUUCAGAAGAGUGUCGCCAGUCUGGACCAACGCUUCGAGAAUGCUCAGGACAAACUGCUGGAGAGUCUUUAUGGGACCAAGAAGUCCUGUACGCCGCGCUGGCAGACCUGCAUUGGGAACACUGACGACACCCUGGGCUUUGCGCUGGGAGCGCUGUUCGUCAAGGCAACUUUUGACAAACAAAGCAAAGAGAUUGCUGAAAAGAUGAUCAACGCCAUCCGGUCAGCGUUCAAAGAAGCGCUAGACCAACUCAGCUGGAUGGACGACCAGACGAGACAGGCUGCAAAGGACAAGGCAGAUGCAAUCUAUGACAUGAUCGGCUUCCCAGAAUUCAUCCUGGACUCCAAGGAGUUGGACGAUGUUUAUGACGGGUAUGAAGUGUCAGAUGACAGCUUCUUCCAGAACAUGUUGAACUUCUACAACUUCUCCUCUCGAGUGAUGGCCGACCAGCUGAGGAAGACUCCCAACAAAGACCAAUGGAGUAUGACUCCUCCUACAGUUAAUGCCUACUACAUGCCCACUAAGAACGGCAUCGUCUUCCCUGCUGGGAUCCUGCAAGCUCCCUUCUACGCCCACGACCACCCCAAGGCACUGAACUUUGGUGGCAUUGGGGUGGUGAUGGGCCACGAGCUCACGCAUGCCUUUGAUGAUCAGGGUCGUGAGUAUGAUAAAGAAGGAAACUUGAGGCCGUGGUGGCAGAACUCGUCCGUGGAGGCGUUUCGCCAGCGGACCGAGUGUAUGGUGGAUCAGUACGGCCGCUACACCGUCAACGGAGAACACAUCAACGGAAAACAGACACUCGGAGAAAACAUCGCCGACAAUGGGGGGCUAAAGGCCGCGUAUCACGCCUAUCGGUCAUGGAUCCAGGGAAACGGAGAUGAGAAAAGACUUCCUGCUGUCAACCUGACCAAUGACCAGCUUUUCUUCGUUGGAUUUGCCCAGGUGUGGUGCUCAGUUCGGACACCAGAGAGCGCUCACGAGGGACUCGUGACCGACCCCCACAGUCCUCCCCGAUACAGAGUCAUCGGCACGCUCGCCAACUCUCCGGACUUCAGCCGCCACUUUAACUGCCCCGAAGGGACACCCAUGAAUACGGGGAAGCGCUGCGAAGUCUGGUAGUCAGACCUGAAAGGACCAGCUCGGGGUGGUGCAGGAAUGGGGGGGGAGUCUGUCAGCUGACGGGUUGACGGGCUCGUUAGUGUCUUAAUUAGAGUUCAGGUUCUUUCAUGGGGUGGGGGGAGCAGGUGUAAUCUUCAGCUUCAGUUAAUCUGUAACUUGGUGACGAUCAGACUUACUUCCUGUCUGGAAACUAAACGGACUCGGUGGACGUCACACAGACACGAAGGACUGACGAGGAAGAAGAAGCCACGUGGGCGGUGGCGAUGAUUCCUGCUUUUAUCACGUUAUUGAUUCAUAGUGUUAUUAAUGGGCUUUGGUUUGUGUGUGCGUGUGUGUGUGCGCGUUUUGUCCGUUGUGUGAAAGAGCUCUAUAAUUCCACCCCCUACGACAUCACUGUGAUGACCUCAUGCAAAGUUGAACUGUUACAUAAUCAGUCAUGGCUGUGUGUGUGCGUGAUUGGCCACUCAGUUAUUGAGGAAGCUGUCGCCUGAUUGGCUGGGAGGCUUUCAGUUUUAGGGGUGUAGAUUAGGAUUAAGGAGAGGAACGAGGGUUUCGUGGAUUAUUUAUGAGGUUUUAAGCAUUUAAAACACUUUUUCUCGGAUUUAUCUCCUCGGUCCGUUUCUCGUGUAUAUAAUCUGUCAGAAAUGCCGAAAUUGAAUCCACGCUGUAACCACUGUUUCACGCUAAAUUAAGACAGACGUGACAUAUUUUAAAAGGUUUUCCAUCAUUUUGUAAUCUAUUACAACCCUUUAAUGAGUCUGUCGAGGAUUGCCUUAAAGCCAGCGUUAUCUUUAGGUAACACAGAGCAUAGCUCACCUUCCAGUUUGCACAGUUUAACCGACUCACUACGUUAGCGCUCUGCAACCACUAAGUAACACACUGUUACCAGGAGACACAGCCUCACGUCCAGGUAAAGACCAGUGUCAGUGAAUCAAACAGUGAGUAGAGAGGAAACAGCUUAAAACCAAAACCUGAUCCUAAAACUGAGUUUGGAAUUAAAAUUUCAAAAUAAAAUGCAAACACAAUCCUGUCUAUGGUCUAUCUCACAAAAAUAGAUGAUUUAUUUGCAGUGUUUUGGUAGCUCAUCUUUAUCAGGUAAACGGUGAACCUCUGAACAUCUACCACAGCGGUCUGGUUCACAUGCAGCUCCACGUCACCAGUUUUCACCCAUUUGCCAACAAAACAACUUAAAACAGAAGAAGUGGGAAAUAUACACUGGUGGGUGAAACUGGAGGUGUGGAGUGCGUGGUCCGCUGGUGAAAUGGUGGAUACUAAGAGCUUAGUGACACAGGAAGUAGUGGAAGUCAAUCAAAUUUCCCAGUUGUAUUUGUUUCUAAUGUUUUAUAAUAACUCAAGUUUGCUGUUUCAAACACUAGUUAUACAAAGAAUCAUAAAUAUAUAAAAGUAUGAUGGAGUAAAGCUCACAGGACUGCAUUUCAGAUACAGUUGGUGCAACCGGUGAAAACACAAAACUGGAACACUUUAUAAUGAAACUCACAAGAAGCUCCACAUACUCCUAAUAUACUAGUAUAGAUAUCAAGCCACAUGCAGCCAUGUUUGUAGCCUUUGGAUUUUUUUAUUAUUCUGUAUUUAAAUGAUUUUCUAUAGUUUUAAGCCAUUCGGUGCGCGGGGAAUGUGAUUGGCUGUAAGCUGGCUGAUGUCAUGGCUUCUCUUGUCACAAACCAUUUGCCUGAUCUGUGAACGAGUCAGUGAGCAGGAGUCUGUCCUUGGAGCUCUGCAUCUGUCCCACUCUUUCAUUUUUUGAAAUAAUCGGCUGCUCACUGAGCUCGAGGUCUGAUGUGAUGUGAGGGUGGCGUGAACUUCAAAAUGAGACUUUUGGUGUAUAAAUGGGUUCAUCAUCAGACCUCGGCAGUAAACAGCUGGACCAGGAGUGGGAUUACCUUUAGAAAUACUCAGAGUAAACAUAAAUAUGAGAGACAGACUGUCGAAGUUAAAGAUCCAACACACGUUAAACCUUCAUUCGUUAAAGAACUGACGACUUGGUACCUCAGACUUCAUUACCAACGAUUCCUUAAAACACGGCUGAACUUUAGCUCCCGCCCAGUGCAGGCACAUGACUCUGACGACAGGUGGCGCUCUCGGCCCGCUCACCUGAACCACAAGCUUAAUAUUCACGUUAAAGUCAGUGUUGUGAUAAUAACCAUACACUGUGUAUUGUCAGUGUUUGUGCAUGUGUGGGUGUGCGUGUUUUGGAGUGUGUGCCGGCUUCGCCUCCCCCUAUGACAUGACCGUCCAAUCCUACGCAGCUCCCGUGUGUGACGUCUUUUGUUCUGCAGAAGAAGAAGAAGCUGCCUCCGGCGAAAGAUGUGUCUGGGUGCGUUUGCGUGUUCUUGUAUGUCUAUUGUUGUAAGGACGAUUAAAAACGUUGGUUCUCCACUUUGGGACAGAUUUUCUGAGACCCUUUAGAAGCAGGGUUAGGUUAUGAGUUUGGGGGGGGGGGUGCAUCGCAUCUACAAGGGUCCUUGUGUAGGUGAAAUGAAACAAUAGACAGACAAGUGUGUGUGUCAGGAGUCAGAGCUGUGUAAAAAUCUGUGUGUACAGUAAACAACAAUAGAGCUGAAGUAGAAGAAACUGCUCAUUUUAAACUCUGUGUCUGUCCUGAAGGGGGCGUCAGUGCUCGUCCAAUCACAAGGCUGCGUUUCAGGUGGCUGCUGUGGGGGAAAAAACACCUGAAGUUUUAUCUGCUUUUAUUUUAUUGCCCGAGAAUGUAGAGAAAAGAAUGAGAAAUGUUUUCUAUCAGGCUGCAGAAAUAUAAUAAACACUGAACACACUCAG